GAGGUACUAAUUGUUUUCGAACAUUCGACUUGAUCAUUUGUAGUGAUGUGUUCUUUCUGUAUAUAAGUAAUGACUUCAGAACCAUUGGCUUUUGGCAGAUCCCCGCCCAUUUCGUGGUUUUGGCCGUGUAUUCCGACCCUUCCGAUGCCUGAUGGGGUGUCGGUUUGGCAACGCCCCGUCUGACUGUACGUGUCCACGUCGACCAGAAUAUACCUGUGCUCAAUUGAAAUGUACAGAUGACAAGGUGUGUAAGGUGUUGUUUGGCCGAUUCCCCCGCUGUGUUAGAGAACAGGCAGAUUGCGAACUGAGCAAGGACGCAGGGACAUGUUCAGAGCUGGUGCACCGUUUCUACUACAACAAAGCCACCAGAAGGUGCGAGGAGUUCCACUAUGGCGGCUGCGGGGGUAACGAAAACAACUUCCGGAACAAGAGGACGUGUAUGAGAACCUGUAGAAAGAGAGGCGCCUUCUUUAACAGACCUUAACAUUGUAACUGUAGUAAAUCCAUGCUUUACUUGAAUUCCAUGUAGACCAGAGCCAUAUUGUCGUAUCCACAUAAAGUUGAUCACACGUCAUGCCUCAUUGCCAAAAAUUGAGUAUUGUCUUGAAUAUUGUCCAUCAAUCGUUUUACAAUAAAAUGUGUUAAUUUUGCAUAGUUUUUUUCUUUUUUUAAAUGCCUCAUGAUCAAUACGCUGUGCUUAUUGAAUAUGUUCGAAUCAUGAUCUUGUUUUUUGGGCACAAACACCUCUACGUACGUCAAUGUUUACGAUCUUUUCCAUAAGGCCAAAGGAUAUAAAUAUCUUGUUUUCUCAGUAUUGUGUGAAAUAUGCUGUAGGUUGGACAGCUAUAUUAUUUAUUUUGAG